AAUAUUCUUAUUAAUAAAAAUAAACAUUAUUUUGAAGAAAUGUAAUAUUUUUAAAACAUUACCUUCCAUCAUAUCAAUAAUUAAUUAAAAAAUCAAAAUUAAUGCCAGCCAUUUAAAUUAAAAAAAAAAAAAAACGAAAUCGGCGAAAAGGGGCAGCCAAAUCAACAAUUCCCCUGAUAAUCUACCAACUCCAGCGCAGUCUAUUUUCAUGUAGCAACAAGCAUCACCUCUGCCUUCGGAUAAAUGCUUAAGAGGUUCGAAAUUCUGUAACAACAAGCAUCACCUCCGCCUCCAGAGAGAGAGAGAGAUCGGAGGCGGCAGUUACGGAGAUUGUCGAGAGAAAGAGGCCAGCGGAAUGCAGGCGGGCGAUUUGGCGGUGGCGUUAGGCGGUGGGUGGACAACCACCGUCGGAGCGAGGCGACGACGACUGUUAGAGAAGCCGCUGCUGCCCGGCGAUGAGGCGGAUCGGCGGGCACCGCUGCUGGAUCUCUCGACUGCUGCUGAAGAAGAAGAGAGCGGCGGAAACCCUAACAAAGACAGACAGAGGAAAGGUAGAAAGUGAGGAAAAAAAAUACAAAAAAGCUUUUAUACUUUAAGUAACCGGAUCGGGCCGGGUCUGUAAACGGGUCGGGAGAAUCCGGUCGCAUAGCAUGCGGUUAACCGCAUGCAAUAAUUUGCGUUUUUGUUUAACAUUGCAACGAAGUAGUGGGAAAAUUAAGUAGAAGCUACCCAGAAUUUUCUUUUGAGUCAACUUGUCUUCUUUCACCUCUAAAAUAUCAUCUCAUAUAUUUUCAUUCACACUUCCCACAAAUAAAAAAAUUCUGUGUCUGCAUUCAAGGAGUUAAUGAUGGCGGCUUAUGGAGCUCUGGUUUCUCUGAUGCAUAUCAUAGAUCGCAUCGAAAAUCAUCCUUCCCCUCCAAUUUCUAUCGACAAACAGCAAGUUGAAUCUCUCACUGAAAAUGUUACCUUCUUGCAGGAUUUUCUUGAUGCUUAUAUUUCUCCAGUUGUCGAUGACCAUGAAGCGGAUCCAUUGGAGCGUCGCAUUGCAGAUGCAGUUUAUGCAGCUGAGGAUGUCAUCGAAUCCCAAAUUGUGCUUCAAAUUCAUAACAGAUCCAGAAUUCGUGGGAAGAUGUCCUGUUUUAUCAACUUGUUUCGAGCUCGGUUUAAAUGCGCAACUAUUGAGGAGGACUUCUACCACGAUCUACAACAAGUGAUAGAAGAAAUGAAUUUGAUCAAGAAGGAAGCCAUGGAGAUUGCAACCGCAGCUGAUCAACUGCAGAGAAAGGUCUCAUUUACUCAUGCUGCCUCCUCUUCAACUGUGAAGGAAAGCAUAAUGGUGGGCUUCGACCAGGUGUUACGUGAAGUGCUGGAUAAGCUCACCGAAGAUCAUGGCAGUCUCCAAAUCAUCCCAAUUAUGGGGAUGGGCGGCAUUGGUAAAACCACUCUUGCCCGACAUCUAUUUGAGCAUGCUGUUGUUAAAAAGCAUUUUUAUAUUCGUGCUUGGACUACGAUAUCUCAAACUUAUAAUGUUAGAGAAACACUUAGAGAAGUUCUUUUUCAAGCAAGUGGGGAUUUGGGUAAUGAUCUAAGUGAGAGAGAAUUGCGAUUAAAACUAUACCAGUAUUUAUGGGGCAGGAGGUAUCUCAUAAUUAUGGAUGAUAUGUGGAGUAUAGAGGUGUGGGACAAGAUCAGGUUUUCCUUUCCUGAUUGCAAAAAUAAUGGGAGUCGAAUAAUUGUAACAACUAGGCUGUCAAACUUGAAUUUGCAGUUGAAUGAGUAUUAUGGCGUUAGUAUGAAAUUUCUAGAUGAGGCUAGUAGCAUGGAUUUGUUCACCAACACUGUGUUUGGUGGAGAAAGUUUACCUCAUGAGUUGGAGGAUAUUGGAAAGAGUAUUGUAGCAAAUUGUAAAGGGCUUCCUUUAUCAAUUGCUACAAUUGGAGGUCUUUUGGCAAAAUCUGAGCGCACUACAGAAUAUUGGAUGCGUAUAGAGCAAAAUUUAAAUUCAAUUGUGAAUACGAAUAAUGAUGAAUUUUGCUUGAAAAUAUUGCGAAUGAGCUAUACCUAUCUACCCAACUAUUUGAAGCCCUGUUUUUUGUAUAUGGGUGUUUUUAAGGAAGAUCGUUCAAUUCGUGUCUCAAUGCUGAAGAAGCUAUGGGUUUCAGAAGGAUUUUUAAAACCCGUGAGUGGAAAAUGUUUGGAAACAAUAGGAGAAGAGUACUUGAAGGAGUUGGUAGAUAGAAAUUUGAUUUUAGUUGAUAAGUUGGGGGUUAGUGGAAAUGUAAAGUUUUGUAAGAUUCAUGAUUUGUUGAGGGACAUGUGCUUGAAAGUAGUUGAAAAAGAGAGGUUUUAUCAUAUCAUAGAAAAGUCUCCUUCAGUCAUAGAUAUUAAUGAACGUCGUCGGGUUGUUUUUCAAAAUGGUGGAAGAGGGGUAAUAAGUGAAGUCUCGAGAUCUUUGUCACAUGCUCGUUCUAUAAUAUGUGAUGACGAUGGGAUAAACUUUGAAAGGCCUCACAAUUUUAGAUUGUUGAGAACAUUCAAAGCAUAUGAUAAAGAUUCAUAUAGAGGUGGUGUUCAUUUCGUAGACGCUGUUUUUCAAUUGGUGAACUCACGACACCUUGCUGUUAGAGUUCAUUCGGUGACCAAAUUCCCGUCUUCAAUCAAUUUGCUUUGGAAUCUAUCUACGUUAAUAGUUUAUGAGUCUGAUUCAGAAUAUUGGCGUGAAGUUGUUGCACCGAUUGAGAUUUGGAAAUUGCAUCAACUUAGGCAUCUUGAGUUUGUGAAAGAAGGAUUGAUUCUACCAGAUCCUCCGAGUGAGAUGGUUAUCAUGGAGAAUCUACAAACGCUCAAAGGAGUAAUGAAUUUGUAUUUGAAUGAGGAGGUGGUUCAAAAAAUUCCCAAUGUCAAGAAAUUGCGUCUAAUUUACAAAUACAAGGGUUUGAGUAAAGUGAAACAAACGGAGAGAGCAAACUCUUUUAGCUAUCUUGAGUGUCUGAGUAAAUUGGAAAACUUGUUAUGCCGCUUCCAUUAUGGAUAUGAUGAGUAUUUGCAGAGGCUUACUUUCCCACACUCUCUCAAGAAGUUGAACUUAUUUCUCUAUUAUCAUGCGGAGUUGGAAGAGAUAUUGGAAAACAUAGGGUGGUUGCCCCUUCUUCACAAGUUAGUAUUACAUCGUGGUACCUUCAAAACAGGCAAGUGGGACACUAUUGAGGGCCAAUUCCAGAGCCUCAAGCUACUAGAAUUGAACUUCUGUCAAGGUCUAAAAAGUUGGAUGAUGGCAGAGAGCUCCCACUUUCCAGUUCUGCAGGAGCUUCGUCUUCGAAGUUUGGAUGAAUUGGAGGAGAUCCCUUCCGAAGUUGGAGAGAUAGCAACGCUGAAAUCAAUUUAUUUGGAAGAUUGCAGUGAAUCAGCGGUAGAGUCAGCUGCAAAGAUAGUAGAAGAACAAGAGGAUUUAUAUGGAGACCAACUUGACCUUCAUGUUCGAGCUAUAGUUGCAAAAGCACACGAAAGACUGCAGAGCUUAGCAAGUCCCAACUUUGAAGUUACAGUGAGAGCUUAUUAGAAUCAUCCAAGAUUGUUAGUUACAAGUUCAGACCUUUUGUUUCGUAAGCUUAUAAAACUUUGAGCUUUUGUUGCUUCAAUUCAUUACUGUAAGCUAUCUCCACAA